AUGGCGACUACGGAUCCGAAAGCAGAGUGGAACGGCCCUCCCAUCCUUGUGGGCGUGAUCGGUGGAUCCGGCCUGUACAAGCUGGAGGGUAUCGAGAUCAUCGAUUCCGUGCGCCCCAAGACGCCCUGGGGUUUCCCGUCGUCGCCGAUUAGCAUCGCGCGCACCGAUUCGGGCACGCUUGUCGCAUUCCUUGCGCGCCACGGCCUGACGCACUCGAUCUCGCCGUCGCACGUGCCGUCGACGGCCAACAUUGCCGCGCUGAAGCACCUCGGCGUGCGCACCAUCCUAGCCUUCUCGGCGGUUGGUUCGCUGCGCGAGGAGAUCGCGCCGAAGGACUUUGUCGUUCCGUCGCAGAUCAUCGAUCGUACCAAGGGUGUGCGCCGUGCCAGCUACUUUGGUGAAGGCGAGGAGCACGCGGUCAUUGCGCACGCGACGUUCGGCGACCCUUACGACACCAUCCUGCGCCCGAUCGUGGAGGGCAUCAUCCGCGAGACGCUUGCAGAGCACUCGCCCAGCGUCAAGGUGCACUCUAACAAGACGGUUGUCUGCAUGGAAGGCCCCGCGUUCUCGACGCGCGCCGAGUCGAUCAUGUACCGCCAGCUGGGUGGUGACAUUAUCAACAUGUCGGCGCUGCCCGAGGCGAAGCUUGCGCGCGAGGCGGAGCUGAGCUACGUGCUGAUCGCGACCGCGACCGACUAUGACGCUUGGCGCGAGUCGUCCGAGUCCGUGAACGUCGCCGAGGUCAUGCAGAGCUUGAAAGCGAACGUUACGGCCUCGCAGGUGGUGACCAAGGCGCUGGUCGACAAGGUGAGCUCCCUUGUUGCCGACGAGGACUCCAAGAUCCUCAGGAGCACCGCGGGCAGCAUGAAGUUCAGCGUCAUGACGUCGCCCGAGCACAUUGACCAGCAUGUGCUCGAGCGUCUGCGCUACAUCCUUCCCUGGCUCGGCAAGUAA